AGAGUCGCGUGGACGAGCACGUUGGUUCUCUCGGUGUGAAGUUUGUGUGGAUUAUUGCCCAACAACCGUAUAGUGUGUCGUCACACGAGGCGCUCAACUAGUGGUUAGUAUAUACAACGUUUAACUAUGGUCACUCAUAACAGCUUUAGGAACAUAAGGAAAAUAUCCUGUACACGAAGCUGUAAUACUCGAGCUUGGAAGCUUUCAUAGCACAACUACUAAACUUGCGCAUAAGUGGCACAGUGGGAAAAAAUCCCUCGACGAAAUGCAAAAGAAUGAUAUGGAACUGACUCAAGUUGCAAACUAUUUACCAACGGCUGAUGGUUUUGCUAGUAGAAAAAGCAACUAUGGUACUUCUCAAGGUCCAAGGAUAUUUAGUUCCAUUCCAAAUACUAUGCAAGCUUAUCAAAGAAUACAUAUGAAGAAUGAGAUAGUUGCAGAUUCCUACGACGUUCAUGAUAGUUUUAUUCACAAGGAAGAGCAAAAGAACAGCGAAAUAACGACGCUUUUGCAAAACACAGAAGUAGGCCACAUGUGGAGUAACCCGAGUUCUUCCAAGCUUCAAACUAGGUUAACGUCCAAUUCUAUACUUGUAGACAAAGAAAACGUGAACAACCGAGUUACAAGUGAACAGGUUAUUUCAGAUGCAGAAUGUGAAGUAGGGAAUCCUUAUUCCUCCUCUCAUAGGGAAAAUGAAGCUUUUGCAUUUUGUCACAUGUUUAGAGAAAAAGAUGAAGCAAUUGUUUGGAAGCUUAGUUUAUUGUCUCAGAGAAGAAGCUCUCCGUAUAUUCCACCUUCAUUCAUUACUCAACGAAAUAGUAAGCGAAAGAAGUGGUAUAGUGAAAGCGACUUGUCCGAUAUAGACAUGGAUGAAGACUCAGAUUUGUAUCGAACGAUACGUACGAGUUUUCGUGUAGUCAAAGAUAACAAGAAGAACGGUCGUUUGAGAUCACAAAAUUCGAGCAGUAACAAUCUGCACACAAAGAAUAAUUCUCUUGGUAACAAAAAGAAAGCUAAAAAUGACAAGCGUUCUUAUCAACAGCAACCAAAUAACAAUGAAUUAUCAUUUGUUAGUAGUGGAGUUUGGUUUUGGGAUACAAAAUGUCGCCAGGCUGUUGCGAUUUGUUUGGACAACGAUACGCUUACGAGAGAUAUUUCUGAAAUAUUUGGAAGAACUUCGUAACAAAAUUAUAAAUAAUAUUGUUAUCGUAGUUUAUAAGUUACAUAACUAAUGCAUUCUGUACAUCCAAACUAGAAUACAACUACUCUGCAUUC